UGCAGCAGGGCUCAAAUGUGACAAGGUCUCCGUGGCAACGGGAAACGCUAACAACGCUGCCAGCGUGCCAGUUGCUGAAAUAGUUGGAGGGACAGAGAUGGCAACAAAGAACUAUCGAAACUGCGUGCGAAUGGGCAACUGGAACGAAAAUAUCUACCUAGAGGAGGAAUUGAUGAAAGAUUUUUUGGAAAAAAGAGAAAAGGGGCAACUGCUUAUACAGAGAAAUAGGAUACUUAUGACAAAUCUCUUAAAAAAGGUGAAACUUUCUUCUACUGAGGAUGGAUAUGUUCAUUAUGGAGAUACAGUUGUGAUUUUGAAUCCUGCAUGUCAGGAUCCUCACAUUGAUCAAGUUGUAUUUGGCAGAGUAGCAUUGGCAGUGACUCCAGAAGAAAUGAAAGCACAUAUGAGUAAUGAAAUAGAGGUGCCCUGCGAAGUGACUGCUAUGACUGAUGCAAACCCAAUGGGCAGAAAUGCAUUUAUCCUUAUGAGCAUGGAUGGAAAUGCCAUAGGUGAACCCAUCAGAUACGGGAUGGAUUUUGGUCUUGCAACAACAGCUGGCUUUAAUGAUAAGAUGUUUUAUUUAGCAAGUGACCAUAAGUCAAUAAUGAAGGCAACAAAGAAGUCUUGGCUUCAGGAUGUUUACCUAACAGAUGAGUUCUCCUAUUUGACUUGCUGGCAAGCUACUUAUUUUGAUCCUCAGAUGCGCAUGGAAUAUGAAGGCUUUCCUGUUCCUGCAAAUUCCAAGAUCAUUAUCAAACACUGCCAUACCAACCGAGCACUAGCAGCUAACAGGAACUUUUUUCUAAGAACAUACUUUGGAAAGGAAUGUGAAGUUGCUUGUCAUACACACCUGGAUUGUUACAGAAUUGAAAAACCACUAAACUACUGGGUUUUCUGUACUGGAGAUCCAAGCGACCUCUCAUCUCUUCUAGUGGACAAACCCAGACCUUUAUUAGAAGAAACCUCGGGGGAAAAGGAAGCAUCCACACAUGCACAAUAAUCUAUUGGACAAAAAUUCUCUCCUUUGGCUUAUACUUUUAAUAAGUAGAAUCAUUCUUCUUGCCUUAUUGAAGUUGAUUUUUAAAAAAACGAGCUGUAAAAACUCUUUGUAAGCUUUAUAUGGAAUAUGUGCUUUGCUAUUUUAUAAUGUCAGAA